UGCCCUGGCGACACUGCGCCGGGGUCUUUGGAAGUCAUGGAAGCAUCUCUCAACCUGGCUCCUCACAGAGCAGACCGUUUAUGAGCUUCAGGAAAAUACCAAGAGGCUAUUUCUUGUCACAAGAAGGCUACGGCCUAUCUUUCUGAUGCUCUGAAGCUGACCAAGUCUGAGCAGGCUCAUUUAUCACUGCAAUUAAAAGGGGAUAGCCACAUGGAACAGCUUCUCCUCAUCCAGGAGAGGUGGAAAAGGGCAAAGUGUGAAGAACUAUCAAAAGCUCAGAACACAGACAAGGAUGUAGCCACCCAUUUUCAGGCAUCUCACAAACCCUCUACUGAGGUUGCAGAGGCUCAGAGUCCCCUUCUUUCUCAGAACUACAGCCCUUGUACAGAGAAACACCUCUCUGAAAUUCAGGGAGUCUUUGACAGGAAUACAGAAACACUACUAUUUUUACUUCAGCAAAAGAGUGAGACAACACAGCCAUGUAUUGGAAGCAAAGCCCCGAAGGAUGAUAAAAUAAUUAUUGAGAAGCAGGCAACCAAAAUUGCAAAUUUGAAAAUGUAUGAGGAGUUCCUUGUGGCUGAAAAUGAAAGAUUAAGGAAAGAAAAUAAAGCACUAAAGGCUGAAAAAGCCAGACUUGUAAAAGUUCCAGUAGAUAAGGAGCUGGAUGUGGAUACUGAUUUUAUAGAAAAGUCAGCAUUAUGGAACUUGCCACCACAUUCAGACACUGCUACACCUUCAACCUGGCAGAAAUUUGCAGCAAAUACUGGGAAAGACAAGGAUAUUCCAAUACCCAAUCUUCCUCCCUUGGAUUUUCCAUCUCCACAACUUCCACUUAUGGAGUUGUCUGAGGAUUUUCUGGAAGGA